UGCACGCACACCUACACCGUCGUCGCCGGCGACACGUGCGACUCCAUCGGGCAGAAGACGUGGACGCCGACGUACCAGCUGAUGAGCAACAACCUCAUCCUCAGCGGGCCGCAGUGCUUCAGCCUGCCCAUCGGCGCGCGCCUCUGUCUCGGCCGCUACGGCAACGACUGCCAGUUCGUGCACCGCGUGCAGGGCGACGACACGUGCGCCAGCAUUGCGUCGCAGUACGGCAUCUCGCGCGAGAUGCUCAUCAACAACAACCCCAUGAUCGACUGCAGCAACCUGUACGACGGCUACGUCGCCUGCGUCGCCGCGGGC